AGCGUGUGGGAGUUCUAUGUGAAGCUUUUCGAUGAAGCGUCGAUGCUCAAAGUUAACAGAAGAUGUCGCUGUUUUCCCAACAAUCUUGAUGAGCUCGACAGCACACAACACAGCAGCCACAGUGAUGAAGAAAAGCCCCAGAGGUUGCCAUGGUGCCCAGCAGCAAUCCAUCUCCGUUUUCUGCGCUCGCGUGGACCGAGCGGGAAUGGAAAAACAAGCAAACCUCUGAGGAGGAUGCGGCGGCGGCGGCACUACUUUUAGUGGGAACAGCGGAACCUUUGGUCCGAAGCUUGAAGAAACUCCACGAAGAUAUUGACUGGUCGUACACGGGUGCCCUGAACCAGCGUAACUGGGGUAGGAAGUACCCGUCGUGUAACAGCGCCAGGCAGUCCCCCGUGGACAUCGACGAGACCUUCACGCAGGUUCGACUUCAGUACCAGAAUCUGCAGCUGGAGGGCUGGGACAGGCCCAUGGCAGAGGCCACGACCAUCCACAACAAUGGGAAAACGGUGGCGAUCAAUGUGGACGGCGACUUCUGCAUCAGCGGAGGUGGACUGAGCUCCAGGUUCCGCGUCGACAGCGUGGCCUUCCAUUGGGGGCGCUGCAACGCGACUUCAGACGGCUCUGAGCACAGCCUCAACGGGAUGAAAUACCCUCUCGAGAUGCAAAUCUACUCGUAUGACCCAGAUGCCUUCCGAAGUCUGGAGGAGGCCGUCAGGGAGGGAGGCAGGAUUGCGGCAUUAGCUGUGCUCUUUGAGAUCAGCUCGGACGACAACGAGAAUCUCAAUCCUCUCAUCGACGCCGUCGACACUGUUAGUCGGUUUGGUAAGAGUGGAUCAAUGGAAGCCUUGGCCUUGCAGUCCUUGCUGCCAAAUAACACCGCCAAAUACUUCAUCUACAACGGCUCGCUGACAUCUCCUCCCUGCACGGAGACGGUCGAGUGGGUGGUCUUUAAAAACACGGCGGCCAUAUCGGAAACGCAGCUGGAGGUCUUCUGCGAGGUGAUGACCAUGGAGCAGGCGGGCUACGUGAUGCUGACCGAUUACCUGCAGAAUAACUUCAGAGAGCAGCAGCAGUUCAUGGGGCAGGUCUUCGCCUCGUAUACGGGAGUUGAGGACGUGCCCACGCCGACCUGCAGUUCGCCGCCAGAAAACGUCCAAGCCGACCCGCAGAACGAAACGACCAUCGUCGUGACGUGGGAGCGUCCUCGCGUGGUGUAUGACACCACCAUCGACUGGUACACGGUCACCUAUGAGAGGCUGCAAGGCCAAAACCAGAGAAAGCGGGAGUACAGGACUGAUGGGGAUCAGGACGUGGGAGCCAUCAUCUCCGGCCUGCUGGCCAACAGCAGCUACGUGAUUCAGGUGGUGGCUGUUUGCGCCAACAGCCUCAGAGGAAGAUGGAGCGAUCAGAUUAUAGUGGACAUGCCGUUAGAGGAUCCUGAGAGCGAUACCUUUCCCGAUGUCUCCAAAGACUUUAAAAGCAGCAAAGAGCCGUCGCCACACGUCAGAUGGCAGAAGCCGGGGAAUGCCAACCCCGUAGAUUUGAUUCCAGUAGAUCAUAGUCCAGUGGAGGAGAUCCCUGCAGAGCGGACCAGAGUUUACCAGAACCAACCCACACACCGCCCCCGGUUGCAAUCAACCCGGGGCCCCCCAGGCCGGGUCACCGCUCAGUCCACCCCAGAGCCCCCUCCUACCAAGCCGCCCGUCCAGAAAACACAGCUCAAUCCCGAUGAGGAAAAGAAACCCAGCAAGUCUAAAAGUGACGAUGUGAGCAAAAACCAGAUCGACGACGGGAGGAGAACUCGAACGCAGCGGGUAUUUACCCAUGGUGGCUCGGAUGGGAACGGUGCAAUCUGGGUCACUGGGAUAACCGAUCAGCCGGGCUUCCUGUUUCCCGUUUCUGCCCCUAAUACUCUGCCUACCGUCCGCCGCCAAAUCACAGAAGAAGCCUCCCUGCCGCACCAGACAGAAGAUCUCAAUCCAACAGAUGCAAGCGAAAGUGAGCUCCCUUCUCCUGAGUCGGAUCUCUACUCCUUCUCUGCGGAUGAUAUCCAAGUCACAGAUGUCUUCUACGAAGACGCAGUCAACAACUCCUCCACUUCCCCCUCAAUGGGAUCCACCGUCACACUGCCAGGUACUGAGGUGACCCUGCAGCCCACUCAAGACAACGAUUCACCUGUGAACAAACCUCCGGAAACCAGCACCUCGCUCUGGAUCCCCGACGGGACAGCGACCGGCAGGAGCACCCUCGCCGAUAGCGUUUACACGUCUUUCACCUCCUCGUCUCUCCUCAGGGUCCUCAUGCACACCACCCAGCCAAUGUUUAACGAUGGAAGGAACAGCAGUCACGAAUCUCACGUGGGGCUGGUCAGCGUAGCGGAGAGGGAGAAGAGGACUGUCAUUCCUCUGGCUGUCGUCUCCACUCUCACCAUCCUGUGUUUGCUGGUGCUGGUGGGCAUUCUGGUCUACUGGAGAAACUGUUUCCAGACGGCUAACUUCUACCCCGAGGACACCGCGUCGCCUAAAGUCAUCUCGGCUCCGUCCACGCCGCUGCUGCUCGCCACAGAUGGUCACGAGCCACUCACGGUGAAGCAGUUUGUGAAGAACGUCAUGGAGCUCCACAACACCAACACGUUCUCCAAGGAGUUCGAGAUUGUCAAAGAAUCCUACGAGGAGGUGCAAGUGUGCACAGUGGACAUGGGCAUCACCGCAGACAGUUCAAGUCAACCCGAGAACAAAUCAAAAAACAGAUACAUCAACAUCCUGGCCUAUGAUCACAGUCGAGUGAAGCUCACCAACAGUUUGGACAGAGACGGGAAAUGCGAGGACUACAUAAACGCCAACUUUGUGGAUGGUUAUGAGCGCACCCGGGCCUACAUUGCAGCCCAGGGUCCUCUCAGAGCAGGCAGGGAAGACUUCUGGAGAAUGAUCUGGCAGCAGAACAUCGGUGUCAUCGUCAUGAUCACCAACCUGAAGGAGAAAGGACGAACCAAGUGCGAUCAGUACUGGCCUGAGGAUGGGCAGGAGGAAUACGGUUCAUACCAGGUGACCCUAAAGAGCAGCAAGACCCUCGCUUACUACACAAUGCGGACAUUCAUCGUCAGAGAUACUACGAAUAAGGUCUCCCAGAGGAAAGUCGAACACACCGUCCAGCAUUACCACUACACCCAGUGGCCAGACAUGGGAGUCCCAGAGUACACUCUCCCGGUCCUGUCCUUCAUCAGAACUUCCUCUCGGGCCAGAACGCAGGAGAUGGGGCCCGUCUUGGUUCAUUGCAGCGCUGGUGUCGGGAGAACGGGGACCUACAUCGUCAUCGACAGCAUGCUGCACCAGAUCGAGGAUCAAGGGACGGUGAACGUCCUCGGUUUCCUGAAACACGUCCGCACUCAGAGGAACUUCCUAGUUCAGACAGAGGAGCAGUACAUAUUCAUCCACGACGUCUUAGUGGAGGCCAUCUUGAGCCGCCACACCUCCGUCGCCUGCGACCACCUCCACUCGUACGUGUCCGGCUUGUUGACGCCCGGAGCGUCGGGCCGGACGCGCAUGGACAAGCAGUUCAAGUUGAUCAGUCAACGGCAAGCAAAACACGCCGACUACAGCACCGCACUCCGAGAUGGCAACGCGAUGAGGAACAGAGCCAGAGCGCUGAUGCCUGUGGAGAGAUCGAGAGUUUGCCUGACUGCCACCGCAGCAAACUCCUCAGGCUACAUCAACGCCUCCUACGUGCUGGGCCAUCACCACAGUAAGGAGUUCAUCGUGAGUCAGACGCCGCUCAGCAGCACCGUGGAGGAUUUCUGGCGAAUGAUCUGGGAGCACAACACGCACACCGUCGUCCAUCUGCCCGACUCGCAUUGUCAGAGCGACGACUGGGACCUGUGUGUUUAUUGGCCUUCUGAAGAGCAGCUGAUGAACUUUGAGGGAUUCACCGUGUCGCAUUCGGGGGAGAGACACGUGUGCCUGUCCAAUGACGACAAAGUGCUUGUGCAAGACAUCACGUUAGAAUCCACGCAGAACAAUUUUGUGCUCGAGGUGCGUCUAUACAGCGUCCCCUGCUGGCCGAACCCCGACAGCCCCAUCAGGAAUUGUUUUGACCUGAUCAACGUCGUCAGCGAGCACAGCCGACGCACACACGGACCGACAGUGGUACACGACCCGCUGGGAGGGGUCACGUCGGGUCUUUUCUGCGCCCUCACGACUUUGUCCAAUCAGCUGCAAGAUGGGGGGCACGUCGACGUCUACCAGGUGGCACGGAUGACCAAUCUCAUGAGGCCGGGGGUGUUUAAUGACGUAGAGCAGUACCAGUAUCUGUACCGGGCUGUGCUGAGUCUGGUGAGCAGCCAGGAAGACCAGCGAGCACUCCAGAGUCCAGAAACCAAUGGAUCAGUACUGCUGGGCAAGACUAACAUUACUGAAAGCCUUGAAUCGCUCAUGUAAAUGACACGCACACACGCACACGUGCACUCAUGCACAGAUAAUAACAGUCUUGUACUGCCCCCCCCCUGCAAAAAUCCAAGAGCUGUGAGUACUUUUUAUACGCUUCAAAGCAAAAUGUGAUCCAUGAUGAAAUGCCAAAUUCUUUGAUCGCUCAGAAUGCGACAAAAUGUAAAAGAUGCUGUAAGUGUGCUAAGUCGAGCAUCCGUCCAGCAGACUAAAAUGAGGGACACGGCUUAGUUUAAAAUUGUAAUAUAAAACUCAGUCAUUUUAAUCUAUUAUACAUUCAUUACCCUGAUAUUGGUGAUUUCCAACAUCGAACGUUUUCCAAUUUUAGUUGCAUUCAAAUUUGCUUCCUAAAUCGGAAUUUCAAGAUUUUAGGAAGUACAAGUGAGUUUUUCAGAUGCAGUCAUGGGGAAAGUAGUUCCGCGAAGGCUGUCUCUGCCAUUGGGUGUGUAUGGAAGUACAUGAGUGCCAGCAGGAUUUGAAUUUGAAAUGACACAUAAAACAGGAUUUGAAUUUGAAAUGUAAAGUGAUCACAUUUUCAGUAGUUGUGUUUCAGUGUAACUUUUCAAUGUUAACAAUUCAACCGGCUACAAUUCGCUGUCCGAAAUUCACCAUUUGUCCCACCAGGCAGGGUUACUUCAGGUCAGAACCGAGCAGCCGGCCAAUCCAGUUACGCUUUCUUAGUGUGUGACGUCACGUGACUAAGAAAGCGUAACUGCGAUUGGCUGGCUGUUCUGCCUGGUGGCACAGACCCUGAAUUUACACCGCGAAUUGUAGCAACUAUUGAUAAUUUAUAUUUCAAAUUCAAAUCCUGGUGGCACUAAUUUACUUCCAUACUCUGUGGCCUUGUACUCCGAAAUCUUUUUUUGCUCCUGCGACUGUUUGACUAAACCAAAAUAACGAUCUGUCUUUGUCUUCUUCAUUUUUAUCUUAUUUUUUAAUUAAACGUGGCUAUUGUCUUGUUUGCACUUGUUCAGUCAAAUAUGAAACGUUACACAUGCCAUCCAAAUUCUGCUGUGCGUGUUGAAAAUUUUUGUCAGCAUUUUGUCUUGGUCCCCUAUCAGACACAAUCGAUUAAUCAAUCAAUCAAUCAAUCAAUCCAUCAGCUUUCUUCGACAGCAACUGUAUUACGGAACACUUUUUUUGUUGUGUGUAAAUAUCCCUUAAAUACCAAAAGGCCAAAUUGCUGUAUGUUUUUACUCUAUAUUUUCUAUGACAUUUUUCUAGCCAUUUACACAUACUGUACAACUGUGUGAAUUUUAUUUGAUAACUUCGCAUACAGAUCAUAGAUUUAACUCAUUAACUUUUUUUUUUUUUUUUAAAUCAUUCCGGUAAUUGUAGCAAGUUAACA